AUGAAUGUACUAAUUUUAGCUUUCUGCACCCCUUCUCCAUAUAAAAUGCUGUGCUGUGGAGGGGACGGUGGCACCACGGCGGCGGCCGCGCCUUCUGUGGCAGCCGCCGGCGCUCACGCGCCCACUUCUCGUGUUCUACGGCUUAUCGGAGACAUGCUCGCAGAUGAUAACGAGACUGAUUUAUUUGCUGAUAGCUUAGGGCUACUGUGUAGUAAAGCCCUUCUAUUUUUGACAUCCAAUUUUGACAUAUUGUAA